CCCGCCCGGAGGUCUCCCGGGGCCUGGAAAUUGAAAUCCUCUUGCCCACUAGCCGGGAGCUGAGUUGUUUGAGUAGUACUGAUUAAGAAGGAAGGGUCGAUUUGGACACAUAGCACCUCAACCGCUUUUUUCCCUUACCGUGCUCGAGUAUAUAACAACUCGAGUCGGGCACCGCCGGCUGGCCUCAGAGAAAAACUGUUAUCGAUUAACCAACCUGUGAUAAGCAUAUGAGAUCCAACAUGGAGGAGACACGCAAAGGCCAUCCGGAACCCACCGUCUGUCAACAAGCCGAAGAUCCAUACGCUCACCGGGGGACCGUACCAGCGAACACCGAUGAUACUGCCGAACAGGCCUUUGUUCCACCAGUUAAGGAGGGAAGGUUUGCAUUCUUGAAGACUCGCCGGUUUUACGAGGUGCUCGUGAUUGGCCAAAUUCUCUCGUUGUGUCUUGUGUCCACGGGCACGCUCUCGCUCCUGUUGGUCGGCCAGGGUACCUCGAUCCCAGCUUUCCAAUCAUUCUUUUCCUAUGUGCUUCUAAACUUGGUUUACACGAGCUAUACCCUGCACCAAUAUGGGUUCAAGAAGUGGGCUCAGGUGGUCCUGAAGGAUGGCUGGAAAUAUUUCAUCCUCAGCUUCCUGGACGUCGAAGGAAACUACUUUGUGGUGCUCGCAUACCGCUAUACAACGAUACUCUCCGCCCAACUGAUCAACUUCUGGGCAAUAGUAGUAGUAGUAAUACUAUCAUUCAUCUUCCUGCAUGUUCGUUAUAGAAUACCGCAGAUUCUUGGUAUCCUUAUCUGUUGUGGGGGUAUGGGUGUCCUGUUGGCCAGCGACGCAAUGGGCGGUGUUGCAAUCACAGGAAUGCCAACAGAGCUGAAGGGUGACCUGUUCAUGCUUCUGGGGGCGACUAUGUACGGGAUUUCCAACGUGCUGGAGGAGUUCUUUGUGUCGAAAAAGCCAAUUUUUGAAGUUAUUGGGCAACUGGCGUUCUGGGGCAUGCUGAUCAACGGUACACAAGCUGGAAUCUUCGACAGAGCCAGCUUCCGGUCUGCUACUUGGAACGGUAAGGUUGCGGGAUAUAUGGUUGGAUACACUCUAAGUUUAUUUAUUUUCUACAGCAUUGUGCCAAUCCUUCUACGCAUGGCUUCGGCGGCAUUCUUUAAUAUUUCCAUCCUAACAACUAGCUUCUGGAGUGUCCUGAUCGGGAUUCGGGUUUUUGGAUAUGUUAUUCGCAAGCUUUACCCGGCAGCUUUCGUAAUGAUCAUUCUUGGGCUGGUCACCUACUUUGCGUUCCAAAAUUCACUCGGCGAGUCACAUAAGCCCUGGCUGGGACUCAAUCAAGAGAAGGGUAUUGUUGGUAUUGGCACCGCAAAGAGGAAGAUUAAGGUGGACAUCGAGGCUGUCUCUGGGGCCAGUGCUGCCGCGGAAGGAGUGGCCAGUACAGGAAACGGAAAGGACCAUACUGGGGAAUAGCGGGGGGGUUGGGGUUUCUGGUUUUGGAGAGGCUGCGAUUUUUGUAUGACGUACAAGGACAUGCUACGGCGUGGUGUUAUCGCUCGUGUGAGGGUAUAUGUUGUCGGUAUAAGUUUGGACCUAAUGGACGAAAUAAAUAUUUAAGGUAUUCCUAGUGCCUUGGGCAAAUAUCUUUGCGCAUGGGCGGUGGGAGAGAAUUGAGCGUCUAACCAAGAAGGAAAAAUGG